GCAUUGACGAAUGCUAGGAAAAUAGGCAUUGACGAAUGUUAGGAAACCAUUUGUUUCUGUAUGUGCACUAGUCCUAUAUAUAUAGGGAUGAAUGAAUCCACCAUGCAAGGAUAGUUUUCUCAUUUCUCUUAAAGCCUACUUUGUUUUCUUCUUCUUGUGAGAGAGGGAGAGGGGAAGAGAGAAUGGGUAGAGGCAGAGCCCCGUGUUGCGAUAAGACGAAGGUGAGGACGGGUCCAUGGAGCCCGGCUGAGGAUUUGAGGCUUAUGAAUUUCAUUGGGAAACACGGCCACAGUAACUGGCGCGCUCUCCCUAGACAAGCCGGUCUAUUGCGAUGUGGAAAGAGCUGCCGAUUGAGGUGGAUUAAUUACCUAAGACCUGACGUCAAACGAGGCAACUUCACACCAGAUGAAGAAAAUACAAUCAUUCAACUCCAUAAUUCUAUUGGAAACAAGUGGUCCAAGAUCGCGUCUUGUCUGUCGGGAAGAACAGACAACGAGAUCAAGAACGUGUGGAACACACACUUAAAGAAACGAGCCAACAAGAAACCCGAUGGUCAAGAAAAUUCCACCACCACCACUACGAAACUACCUCAACUCUCCAAAGAGUCUCCAUCAUCUUCUUGUAUGUCCAAUCCGAAACAACCGGCCGAGGAGGAGGAGGAGGAGGACGACGACCUCUGGCACGUGCUGGACUCACUGGACCCCAUACAGUUACACCCCACCAAAGAGGAUGGUGGAGGGAAUGAGCUUAUCCAAGAAGUGGAAAUUGGCAAGUGGUUGAGAAUCUUGGAGAAUGAACUUGGACUAGCUGCUCAUCAACCUCAAUCUGCAACUGAUCUUGGAAUCUACAACUCAACCUAUCUACCAAAUUUGGACAGUUUCUCUUUUUAACGACAUUUCUCCUUUGUUUUGGUUGCGCUAAUUUCCAGCCAACGCAAGUUCAAAUUUUAGCCUUUUUUCUAAAUCUAGUUAGGUGACAUACUAUUUAAAGUAAUUCAAGUUGUUGCUUACUAGUCAAGGGGUUUUUUUCCCUUGGACUAAUAUUGUAUUAAUGAUGUUUUGACAAAAGAGAAAUAUUACUAUUCAUGUGUUCA